GUACAGUUCCAUGAAAGACUAUUUAUCUGAAUUGGACAAAGAGACAAAAAAGGCUUUGGAGACUUUCUACGGGUUUUCAGAGGGCAAGUCCAAGGUGCGCCGGUCGGUGGACGAAUGGAACAGCACAAGGAGCGAGUUCUUCGAACAGAUCCCUCUGCUGAAGUUUGAGGACUUCUCUAGGACGGUGACCAACCUUCACAGCGGCCAGAAGAGGAAAAUAGAGGGCAGCGUCUUUCACAAGGAUUCGUCCAUAGUGAACUCUGGGGAUUCCAAUGAUAUCAUUGGCUUCCAGCUGUGCGAUGCAAACAACAGCAGCGAGUGUGCACUUUAUACGUUCAGUUCGGGUGUUAACGCUAUCCAAGAAUGGUACAAGCUGCAUUAUAUGAACAUCAUGGCACAAAUUCCCCUGGAGACUAAAGAAAAAUUGAGUUAUUCUGCUGAUGACCUUCUACUGACAUGUUUCUUUGAUGGCCUAUCUUGUGACAAAAGGCACUUCACUCGUUUCCACCACCCCCUGCAUGGCAAUUGCUACACCUUCAACAGUGGAGAAAACGGGACCAUCCUGAGCACCUCCACCGGCGGCAGCGAGGACGGGCUGCAGGUCGUUCUGUAUAUAGAUGAAGCAGAUUACAACCCCUUCCUGGUGACAUCCACAGGAGCCAAGAUCAUUGUCCAUGACCAGGACGAAUAUCCCUUCAUCGAGGACAUCGGCACAGAAAUUGAGACUGCGGCAGCCACCUCCAUCGGGAUGCACUUUACUCGGUCUCGCAAGCUGAGCAAACCCUACAGCGACUGCACGGAGACUGGUGCUGACAUACCGGUAGAAAACCUCUAUAACAAGAGCUACUCACUGCAGAUUUGCCUGCACUCCUGCUUUCAAAAGGCCAUGGUGGACUCCUGUGGCUGUGCCCAGUACGCACAGCCCUUACCUGCCGGGGCCGAGUACUGCAACUACAAGAAAAACCCCAACUGGAUGUACUGCUACUAUAAACUGCACGAGAAGUUCGUGAAGGAGCAGCUAGGCUGCCAGCAAAUCUGCAAAGAUGCCUGCAGCUUCAAGGAGUGGGCACUCACCACCAGCAUCGCCCAGUGGCCGUCCACCGCGUCAGAGGACUGGAUGCUUCGAGUUCUCUCUUGGGACAAAGGGCAAAAAAUCAACAAGAAGCUGAACAAGACGGACCUUGCAAACCUCAUGGUGUUUUACAAGGACCUGAACGAGAGGUUCAUUUCGGAGAAUCCUGCCAACACACUUGUCAUCCUUCUUUCCAACUUUGGAGGCCAGCUGGGCCUUUGGAUGAGCUGCUCAGUCGUUUGCGUCAUCGAGAUCAUCGAGGUCUUCUUCAUCGAUUCGCUUUCCAUCGUAAUGCGGCGCCAGUGGCAAAAGGCAAAAAAAUGGUGGAACAACCGAAAGAGGGACCGGUCAGGGAAGCCUCCGCAGUCCAGCGACCUGGAGCAGCAGGGCCACGAUAACCCCGUCUGCAUCGACGAGGACCUGCCCACCUUCAACACGGCCCUCCGCCUGCCGCUGCCCCCGGACAGCCCCUUGCCCAGGACUCCCCCGCCCAAUUACAAGACUGCGUUCACGGAGCAGCUGCCCGAUACGCUGGAGGUUGGGCAACACUGA